GGCAUGGUUAUCGGGAUGCUUAUGUCCGUUCUUGGAGAUGCUUGGUUAGUGAUGGCGAGGUGGGAUGGGAAAAGGCCGCCUCUGAUCAGCCUCUGUUGGAUGUUGGAUAGGCUGUUUGAGGCUUCUCAGAGUCCUGAAAUGUUCUUGUUCUGUGAUGUUGUAAUAUCUUCUUUCUUAUUCAAGUUCGUCUGAUCUUUUGAGAAGAGAUAUCUGUUCCAAUGCCUCUCUCGAAGAAUUUCGAAACUUCUCAGCAAACGGGCUACCAGAAACUUGUCGAUGAAGAAUCUGUCGAGUAUGAUAAGACAGAGUAUUCGAGUCAGCUGUCUUCUCGACAUGGGCUGUUGAGCUAUCGAGUCGGGUUUUGGGUUCUGUCUGUGCUGUAUAUUUUGACUGCUGCAUUAUGGUUCACUGUCUUGCCUUCAGACUCGAGUCCGAAUAUAGCGACAUAUGGCAUAAUCGACAUUCCUUUCGACGAUGUGGUCUUCAUGCCAGAUCCAGCUUUCGAGACUGCGGCGGAUAGCAUGUCAGAAGAUGAUCCAUGGAGCAGAUUAGAACCAGCGGGACGAGGGUUCAUCGAAGUCCCUGUCGAAGUCGCUCUUCCGGAUGGGGGAACUGCAAUAGAGAAGCAAUACUAUUGCAUCUCAAUGUUCCAUCAACUUCACUGCAUCGCAAGCCUAAAAGCAGCUUUCGGCAGCCUGAUGAACAUAUCGCACGAUUCAGACGGGCAUCUGGUGCAUCUCGACCACUGUUUCGACUACUUGCGACAAGCGGUGAUGUGUGCAGGAGAUAUGACGCUUGAACCAGCGGUGGAAUACCCAGAGAUAGGAAGGAAAGGAGUAGCGGGAUGGGGCGUUGAACAUAAAUGCAGGAAUUUUCAAGCGAUGAAGGACUUUGCGGAAGAACAUACAUAUAUCAACAGUACUGGAAUAUUAUAGACAUCAUUAC